GCGUCCAUAGUUAACAGUUCUAAGUAGACAAAUACUAUAGUGCUGCUAAAAUGUUGCGUGUUGUUGUGAUUUGCGUGUGUUUUCUAGUUAUUGCGCCUUAUGGUAUUAAUGCUGUGUCAGAUGAACAAAAGAUUAAAAUAAGGGAACAGCUUGACAGAGCAGGCUUCGAAUGUUUCAAAGAUCACAAGAUCACUGAAGACGACAUUAAGAAGCUGAAAGCCAACAAACCUGCAACUGGAGAAAACGUGCCGUGCUUCAUCGCUUGUGUAAUGAAAAAAACCGGAGUUAUGAAUGACCAGGGAGUGAUUCGUAAGGAACCCGUCCUGGAACUGGCCAAAAAAGUACUCGCUAAUGACAAAGAUAUCAAAAAACUUCAAGAUUAUAUACAUUCCUGCUCCCACGUCAAUGAAGAAGCCGUCGGUGACGGUGUAAAAGGUUGUGAACGCGCAAAGCUCGCUUACAAUUGUCUCAUUGAAAACUCUUUAGAG